UGCCCCCUUUCUCUUUAAAAAUACUCAAAUCCAUUCGGAGUGAAAUAUAACGAACCCCCGAGACAUUUGGUGAGGUUUCAUUCGAUUCACGACAGCUACCUCCUAGACCCAAUUAAGCCGGACCCGGAGUGUCCACCCCGUCUCGGCACCGCGUCCUAGCUAGAAAGAGAAUUCCGUAUUACCAUUCGCUUGCACGCCGACUUCUUGUCCAGCCAAUGAUCAUGUUUUAGGAUGAGCCGAGUUACUAUAUAUAGCAGCAAAGAGCUUGCGUACAUGAUACGGUCUCGUCUAUAUCGCUGUGCCCCUGAAGCACUAAGGCUCGCCCUCAUAGGUGCAUGUCGGUAUCAACUGACACCAGUGGCAUAAUGAGUCAGUAUAUGGGGGGUUGAGUCUUAUCAUAAGUAUCCCCCAUCUUUCCAUGAAAUGGUCGAAGUCCAACUCGGUAAAGUAUUCGAGCAUUGAGUUUGACUCAUAAGUUCUUAAGAUGCGGUCUCAUGCUAUCUUCUUUGGCCUUGCUACCUCGUUUCUUGAACUGACCUCAGCGCAUGGCUUCGUUUCGGGGGUAACAGUAAACGACAAGUGGACAGCUGGUUCAGACCCAGUAUGGUUCUACUAUGCUGAGGGAAGCGCUCCGGCCACAGCCGGAUGGGAUGCUCUCAACCAGGACAUCGGCUUCAUCGAACCCGCCAACUUUGGCACGUCAGAUAUAAACUGUCACAAGUCAGCCAAGGUUGGAAAGAACUUUAUCGAUGCCAAAGCGGGCGACAAAGUUACCUUCUACUGGAAUACAUGGCCAGACUCCCACAAAGGGCCCAUCAUUAAUUACAUUGCCCCAUUCAAAGCCACGGCUGGCGACCUCUCGUGGUCCAAGAUUAGCCAGGACAGCAUUAUCAGCAGCAACACCUGGGUGACAGAUUCGCUGAUCGCAAAUAACUUCACGUCCUCAACCACCAUCCCCAAGAACUUGAAGGCAGGCGACUAUGUCAUUCGACAUGAGAUCAUCGCUCUACAUGGCGCUACGAACGAUAACGGGGCUCAGGCUUAUCCCCAGUGUCUGAAUCUUCGGGUCACUGGGAGUGGGAAAGCCUCUCCUAGCUCUGGCACGGCAGGGAGCAAGCUUUACAAGAGAAAUGACCCGGGCAUCAUGUUUAACGUGUAUGGUUCAGCUACUAGCUACCCUUACCCAGGCCCUCAGCUCUGGACUGGCGCGAAUUAGUGGAUCUUUGCAUAUGAUCUCAUUUUCGUAGUUUCAUUGUUCUGUGCUACCUUUAUGUGAUGGUUGAUGGUCCAUUGGGAGAAGACUAGUUAUCUGGUUCGAAUGAUGGAUGACUUGAAAGUUUUCAUACUGGUUGGUCCUCUCAUGUAAGCCAUUGCGGGAGAGAUGAACAACUAUGACAUGGGAGGUUUCAUUACAAUUUUCACUAAAAGUAAAAGGCCGUGAAGCUCAGUGAAUGUAUGGCUGCUAGCCACGCCAGUUCAAUAAAGCAAUCCGUCUUAGUGAUCGACUUCAUUACAUGACUUACAUAGAUACCUGCCCUAACACAGAUAAACACGUGGAUGUGCGAAAUGAUUUCAAGACUCCAAGUAACAUUCGCUCUUUGUUAGCAGUUUUCAUAGGAUAGUAGAUACAAUCUAUAGGUUUGCCCCAAAGUCUUCAAGAUCAUGUAUCAGCUCCUGUAGAUAAGGGAGCAAUGAUUUAAGGUCUUCC